AUGGCUUUUCAGUACAACGGUUAUUCAUCAUGCCCGCUGGUUGUUAGCUUCAACAGAGUGGUGCUAGCGGAAUUUACACCGGAGGGGCCGCUCGAAACGAUGCCUUUGGAUCAGUCGAAGCCCCGCUACAUAUCGUUCUUGCUCAAGCGCUACGUAAUGCCAUUCAUUUAUUGGAAUUUCGCGGUAAAGGGAAACUGGCUUGGACCAACGACCGUGCGUCGGAUCCUUCAUCUUGGAUUUAGUAAAUAA